AUGGGUGGAAUUGUGAAUACCUGCUUUUCCUGCCUGUCGACGGUUGACCGCUGGUGUCAUAUCACCGCUUGUCUCGGUGGUGGUCGCUCGAGGGAUGGAAUUUACGAAACGACGCUCGCCGACAAUGAGCGGGAAGCUGUCUCGGACUUGUUGGGCUACCUGGAGAACAGAGCCGAAACCGACUUCUUCUCCGGAGAACCCCUUCGCGCGCUGAGCACACUGGUCUACUCUGAUAAUGUGGACCUUCAACGAAGUGCCAGUUUGACGUUUGCCGAGAUAACAGAGCGAGACGUGCGCGAAGUCGAUCGAGACACCCUCGAACCAAUCCUCUUCCUGCUACAAAGCUCCGAUAUUGAAGUCCAACGGGCUGCCAGCGCGGCCCUUGGGAACCUCGCGGUAAAUGCGGACAAUAAGGUGUUGAUCGUUGCUCUGGGAGGGCUGGCCCCUCUAAUACGACAAAUGAUGUCUCCCAACGUCGAGGUCCAAUGCAACGCUGUCGGUUGCAUUACCAAUUUGGCUACUCACGAAGAUAACAAGGCGAAAAUCGCACGCUCGGGUGCUCUAGGCCCGUUGAUCCGCCUGGCCAAAUCCAAGGACAUGCGCGUACAACGCAAUGCCACCGGAGCAUUGCUCAACAUGACACACUCCGAUGACAAUCGACAACAGCUUGUGAACGCCGGCGCCAUUCCUGUCCUGGUCCAGCUCCUCUCCUCCACCGACGUUGACGUACAGUAUUAUUGCACAACAGCUCUUAGCAACAUCGCAGUCGACUCGACGAAUCGGAAAAGACUCGCCCAAACCGAAUCACGCCUAGUCCAGUCUUUGGUACAUUUGAUGGACUCGUCAACACCCAAGGUCCAGUGCCAAGCCGCACUCGCCCUCCGAAACCUUGCGUCAGACGAGAAAUAUCAGCUUGAAAUCGUGCGAGCCAAGGGUCUCCCCCCGCUCCUUCGUCUCCUGCAGUCCUCCUACCUCCCUCUUAUUCUUUCCGCUGUCGCCUGUAUUCGCAAUAUCUCCAUCCAUCCUCUUAAUGAAUCUCCGAUCAUCGAUGCCGGCUUCCUCAAGCCUCUGGUGGACCUCCUUGGCUCCACCGACAACGAAGAGAUCCAAUGCCAUGCAAUCUCGACUCUUCGAAACCUUGCAGCCAGUUCCGACCGCAACAAGGAACUGGUUCUUCAGGCCGGUGCAGUCCAGAAAUGUAAAGACCUUGUACUAAGAGUGCCCCUCAGUGUUCAAUCUGAGAUGACGGCCGCAAUCGCUGUGCUGGCCCUCAGCGACGAGUUGAAACCGCAUCUUCUCAACCUCGGCGUAUUUGACGUCUUGAUUCCCUUGACCGAGUCGGAGAGCAUCGAAGUGCAGGGUAACAGUGCCGCAGCUCUGGGAAAUCUGUCCUCCAAAGUCGGAGACUACUCGAUCUUUGUUCGGGACUGGGCAGACCCUAAUGGAGGGAUUCACGGCUACCUGAACCGUUUCCUUGCAAGCGGCGACCCCACGUUUCAACAUAUUGCCAUCUGGACCCUUCUACAGCUACUGGAAUCCGAAGAUCAGAGAUUGAUAGGAUAUAUUGCCAAAUCGGAAGACGUCGUGCAGAUGGUGAAGAGCAUCUCCGACAAGAACAUCGAGUCCGAUGACGAUGAAACCGAAGACGGAGAGGGCGAGGUUAUUGCGCUGGCACGCCGAUGCCUCGAAUUUCUUGGAAAUGGACCCCGACAGACCCUGGUCGAGGGUUAG